UCGGAAUCGGUAGACUACAAGUCCAACACCGACGGCAGUUUCCCUUCUCCAUGAGGAAGGAGGUUCCUCCUCUAUAUAAACGUGUUCUCCUCUCCCGAUGAUGCCACCGCACCACUAAGCGAGCGUUUUUCGUCUUUCAUUCCCCUUUGGUCUUCCAAGUACAGUUUUCUCGUUCCCAGAAGAGAAACCAAAUUUGGAAAAAGAAUGAUUUCGCUGGUGAAGCUUGUCAUCUUCCUCGGUUUGUUUCAGGCGUGUCUUGGAGGGAGAAGGCUCACUGCCCUCGUGCAGCAGCCACCUCUUGUCCUCACCUACCACAAGGGCGCCCUGCUUCAGGGCAACCUUCCAAUCAACAUUGUCUGGUAUGGCCAAUUCUUGCCCUCCCAGAGGUCCAUUGUUAACGAUUUCCUUGCCUCUCUCGACUCCCACAAUCAAGAGACAAGCCCAGCCGUCUCGUCUUGGUGGAAGAUCACAGAAGAGUACUUAGUGAAGGCUGGCAAGCCCGGCGCUGCCACAGUUUUGCUCGGCAAGCAGGUGUUAGAUGAGAAGUACUCGUUGGGGAAGUCCAUUCAGAGGACCCAAAUCGGAGACCUGGCGGCAAAAGCUGCCACUCCCAACAGCAUCACUCUUGUGCUCACAUCCAAGGAUGUUGUGGUUGAUGGGUUCUGUAUGAGCAGCUGUGGCCUUCAUGGCUCUGCACCAAUGGCCAAAGGGUUGAAGGAGAAGUUUGCAUACAUCUGGGUGGGCAACUCUGAGACACAAUGCCCAGGCCGGUGCGCUUGGCCAUUCCACCAGCCCCUCUACGGUCCUCAGACUCCACCGCUGGUUGCACCAAAUGGUGAUGUGGGUGUUGAUGGAAUGAUCAUCAACAUUGCAAGCCUGCUGGCUGGUACUGUGACCAACCCCUUUGGGAAUGGCUACUUUCAGGGGCCAGCUACUGCCCCUCUGGAAGCAGCAUCGGCGUGUCCAGGAAUCUAUGGAAAGAAUGCGUACCCAGGGUAUGCAGGGGACCUCUUGGUGGAUUCGAGCACUGGUGCGAGCUACAACGCAAAUGGAAUUAACGGGAGAAAGUAUCUGCUGCCAGCACUCUGGAAUCCUGUGACCUCUGCUUGCUCGACCCUUAUGUGAAGCUCGGGAAAAAAGGACUGGGAUGCCACGUGUCGUAGAUAAAUUAUAAAAAACCAGAUGUUCUUGAACUUCUUCUGUAUUCGUUCGUUUAUUCUUCUACUUGGCGUUUGUUCAACCCUUUGUGGACUAAUUGCAUAAUAAAAUUGUAACUAUUGUUAUCGAA